AUGUCUGAUCAAUAUAAUCAAGAUAAAUUGAAUCAAGACUUUCAAAAUACAUCACUUGGUGGUACACCAGUUGAUCAAUCUCAACAAAAUCAAAGUCAAAAUAAUUAUAAUCCAAAUCAAGCUCAAUCAUUUGUACCUUUUGGUGGUUAUCAACAACAAUUUCAAAAUUUCCAACCUCAACAACAACUGCAACAACAGCAACAACAAUUUGGUGGUUAUAAUCAAUAUCAAGGUGGUUAUCAACAAAAUUAUAAUAACAACAAUACUAAUAGAGGUGGUUACCAACAAUAUAAUAGUAGAGGAGGAUAUCAACAAUACAAUAAUAGACAACAACAACAACAACAACCAUAUAGCGCUGGUCAACAAUAUGGAGGUUAUCAAUCAUAUAAUUCUCAACAACCACAGCAACAACAACAGCAGCAAGGUAUGUCAUUAGCUGAUUUUGAAAAACAAAAACAAUCUCAACAAGCAUCAUUAAAUAAACCAGUUAAAAAAACUUUGAAAUUAGCACCAUCAUCAGGUAUAAAGUUAGCCAAUAAGAAAGUUGAAUCAAAAGAAAGUUCACCAGCUCCUUCAACUAAAGAAGAAGAAUCAAAAGAAGAACCUAAAAAAGAAUCAGAUGAUUCAUCAAAAAUUGAAUCAACACCAACACCUGCAUCAUCAGCACCACCAGCAAAGAAAGAAUCUACACCAGCACCAAAUCAAAAAGAAAGUACUCCAACACCAAAAGAAUCUACUCCAACACCAUCAAAAUCAAAUACUACAAAAUCUUCAACUCCAGCACCAUCAAUAUCAUCAGAUGCAGUAGUCAAAGAACAAGAAGAUGAAGUUGAUGAAGAAGUUGUUAAAGAUAUGUUUGGAGGAAAAGAUCAUGUUUCAAUAAUUUUUAUGGGACAUGUAGAUGCAGGAAAAUCAACAUUAGGUGGAAAUAUUUUAUAUUUAACUGGUUCAGUUGAUAAAAGAACAGUUGAAAAAUAUGAAAGAGAAGCAAAAGAUGCAGGAAGACAAGGUUGGUAUUUAUCUUGGAUUAUGGAUACUAAUAAAGAAGAAAGAUCUGAUGGUAAAACCAUUGAAGUUGGAAAAGCAUAUUUUGAAACUGAUAAAAGAAGAUAUACCAUUUUAGAUGCACCAGGACAUAAAUUAUAUGUUUCAGAAAUGAUUGGAGGUGCAUCACAAGCAGACGUUGGUAUCUUGGUUAUUAGUGCAAGAAAAGGGGAAUAUGAAACAGGGUUUGAAAAAGGUGGUCAAACUCGUGAACAUGCUCUUCUUGCUAAGACUCAAGGUGUCAACAAACUUGUGGUUGUUGUUAAUAAGAUGGAUGACCCAACUGUAAAUUGGUCACAAGAUCGUUUCAAUGAGUGUACCUCCAAAUUAGGUGUGUAUUUGAAGGGUAUUGGUUAUGCUAAAGAGGAUGUUAUUAAUAUACCAAUAUCUGGAUAUACAGGUGCCAAUUUGAAAGAAAAAGUUUCACCUAAAGACUGUCCUUGGUAUAAAGGUCCAACUUUCUUGGAAUAUUUAGAUAAUAUGGAAACUCUUAACAGAAAAAUCAAUGGUCCUUUCAUGUUACCUAUAUCAGGAAAAAUGAAGGAUAUGGGAACAGUAGUUGAAGGUAAGAUUGAAAGUGGACAUAUCAAAAAGGGUUCAAAUUUAUUACUUAUGCCAAAUAGAACAUCAAUUGAAGUUUUAACCAUUUAUAAUGAAACAGAACAAGAAUGUGAAUCAGCAUAUAGUGGAGAACAAGUUAGAUUAAAAGUUAAAGGAGUUGAAGAAGAAGAUUUACAAGUAGGUUAUGUAUUAACUUCACCUAAAAAUCCAGUUAAAACAGUAACUAAAUUUGAAGCUCAAAUUGCAAUUGUUGAAUUAAAAUCAAUUUUAUCAAAUGGUUUUUCAUGUGUUAUGCAUUUACAUACAUCAAUUGAAGAAGUUAAAUUUUUAGAAUUAAAACAUAAAUUAGAAAAAGGUACAAAUAGAAAAUCUAAAAAACCUCCUGCAUUUGCUAAAAAGGGUAUGAAAAUUAUUGCAAUUUUAGAAGCAAGUGAAAGAGUAUGUGCUGAAACUUAUAAUGAUUAUCCUCAAUUAGGUAGAUUUACUUUAAGAGAUCAAGGUGCUACUAUUGCUAUUGGUAAAAUUACUAAAUUAUUAUAA